AUGGCUCAGACUGUGCCACUGAAAUGUUUAGUGUAUGGAGAGACAGAUGAAGAGUCAAGAGUGCAUUCUGAAAAGGAACCAGCAGGCGAAUGUAAAUUUAGCUAUCAACGGAUAAAGGACUUCAUUUUGCGAGAAAUAGGCGUUCGGGAAGAAGAAUUGGAAGAUUUCUAUAGUUUUUCCAAACUCCUUCAUUCUCCAAGAGAUCCUUCAAAUUUAGCUCUUAUUCGGAUUCUGUAUGGUCUUCUGAUGAUAGUAGACACUCACCAUGAACGAGGAUUGUCGUCUGCAGAUACUCGUUGGGGCAACCAAUCCGAGUGCCGUUUCCCACUUUUUGAUUUCUUAAAGCCUUUACCACUGGAAUGGAUGGUUAUGGUAUAUUUACUCAUGUUGGUGGGAGCUGUUGGAAUCAUGCUAGGCUACCGUUACCGAUUCAGCUGUCUGUGCUUUCUUAUCCCCUACUGGUAUAUUUUUCUUCUUGACAAAUCCCACUGGAAUAACCACUCAUAUCUCUUCGGACUUCUUGGAAUUCAACUCAUGCUGAGUGGAGCUAAUCGAUGUUGGUCACUUGAUGGGAAAUGGAAUCCCAAUAUCAGGCACUCCCACGUUCCUCUAUGGAACUAUGCUCUUCUUAGAGGACAGAUUUUUUUAGUGUACUUCAUUGCUGGUUUGAAGAAAACCAACUUGGAUUGGAUUGGAGGAUACUCAAUGGAAAAGUUGGGGUAUCAUUGGGUUUUUGAUGGAUUCAGAUUAUUUCUGACGGAUGAUCAGAUUACUUACUUCGUCGUACACCUCGGAGGAUUUCUACUCGAUCUGACGGUUGGAUUCCUGAUGCUGAUGAGUUCUACUCGGCCAUUUGGGUUCUUGCUUUGCGGACUCUUCAACUCAAUGAAUUCCAGAAUGUUCUCCAUCGGUAUGUUCCCAUACGUAAUGAUUGCCGUCAUGCCCAUUUUUUGCUCAUCUGAUUGGCCAAAGCGAUGGCUUUCUUGUUCUGAAAGAUUACAUAAGAUUUUCUUAUAUGAUGAUCCGCUCCAGAGAAAUACAACUUGCAUUUACGCUGAAGAAUUUCAAAAACAUGAGCAGGGAAGUGUCCGACUUCGUCACCAGAUGGCAGCAGUGCUAUUUUGCCUUUACUUCACCUCCCAAGUUUUCCUGCCUUACUCCCACUGGCUCACGAAAGGUUAUAAUACUUGGACACAGGGAUUGUAUGGAUACUCUUGGGACAUGAUGGUGCAUCACUGGUACUACGUGCACACGACCAUAAAUGUCGUCGACAAAGAUACUGGACGUCUUUUCCAUUUAGAUCCCGAGAUAUGGACUCGCAGUCAGCGCUGGACUCAUCAUGCAGACAUGGUAAAACAAUUUGCACGCUGCGUGCAAGAAAAGAUGGAGAAAAAUCAUGAACUAAAAAAUAUUUCUCUGUACAUGGAUGUUUGGGUGUCCCUCAAUAAAAGAUUCGCUCAAAGAAUGUAUGAUCCAACAGUGGAUUUGGUGUCUGCCAGCUGGUCUCCAUUCCAAGAAGUGACGUGGGUGUUGCCCCUGCAGGCAGAACUCACCGACUGGAGAGAGAGUUUAAUUGAGAAAGAGGAAAAGUUGUUAUCUCAAGAAGAAGAUGCCGAUAUCCUCUUUCUGACGGAUUUUCCAGGAUUUCAUCUGCUGAAUUUCGUCAGUGAGGAUUUCCAAAACAUAACGUUGGAAGUUUUGAAAGGAGUGGUGGAAGUUCGAUUCGGAUCGAAUGGAACAUUCGAACUUUAUGAAAGAGAAUCUGUUCAAAUUCCAUCAGGCGAGUAUCACGUGGUCUCUCCCCAAAAUUACAGUCCUGCUUGCUAUAUGUAUUUAUAUCAUGUCACUAAUAAGACGGAAGAUGUAGUGACUGAUCGUAGUGAUUUCUUCCCAAUUUCAACCUGUCCGUUAAAUGGCGGAUCAAAAAAAGAACUGCAAUCUUCACAGACAUUAGACACCACUUGUACCGGUUUCUGUUGGCAACGUCUCGGCAAAGAUUUCGUGAAAAAAUCUAGAAUAUGGGCUCGAAGCAUGCUCCUUCUGGGACGAGCUUUUUAUAGCAUUUUGACUAAAAGUUCGAUGGUGGUUGAAGAAAGAAAUCAGAACUCCAUUGCAGAAAAAUGGUGACUGGAAGUACUCAAAGCAUCUCUGUUUUACGCCAGAGCGGACAAGGAGUUGACCGUCUUUCACAUUGCUUAUUGUUUCGUAUUCAGCCCCAUUCUGCCAAGUCAAACGUUUUCUAAUUUCAGAAUUAUUUAUGUCCAAAGAAAUAAGAAUGAAAUUAAAUACUGAGACGAACACUGAGAAUGAUAACAUAAAAAUGUCAAUGUUAGAUGAAUUGAAAAUAAAAUAUGAUAUUAUGUACUUCUGUUGAUAACAAGUUUUCUUGGAUAUUAAGUGAAUUUCAUUGCAACUUUGGCAAGUAAAUUUGAAACAAAAGUUCUGUGCCCGUCUUUCUAUGUUUCUAACUUAUACUUUCCUCCAAUGUAUAUAGUAUUGAAUAAAAGGACGCAAA